UAGGCGGCGAACUUUUGCUUGGAUCAGAUCCCAGACCAUAGACAGAAAUUCGCGUUCAAAUCAGCAGCGGCUGAAUAAUAAGUGUGGGAGGCAGAAAAUUCCUGUAACAAAACAAAAUACACGAUAAAUUCUAAACAAAAAAGUGUGGGGCGUGAAAGGUAGCAAUUGAAUUGUGGGAAAUAUACGAAAGUAAAAGAAAUUCGAAAACUCUAGUACAUUCAAAUCGUGUGUCAACAAUGAAGCCAACAAAGAAUUCAACGCUGGAAAUUAUCUCACCCAAGGUACACGUGGACGAUGAUUUCAUUGAGACGGACUACGAAUAUCAAACUUCGCAUGUAAAGCGCAGUUCCGCUGGACAACUGCAGGUGCACCCGCAGACGACGGCUCUGAAGAUACGGACAGCUCGCCAUGUGCCCAAGUUGGGAGUUAUGCUUGUGGGCUGGGGUGGCAACAAUGGCUCCACGUUGACUGCUGCUUUGGAGGCGAAUCGUCGCCAGCUGCAGUGGCGCAAAAAGACGGGCGUGCAACAAGCCAAUUGGUUUGGUUCCAUCACCCAGGCGUCAACGGUCUUCAUUGGCUCGGAUGAGACGGGCAGUGAUGUGUUUGUGCCCAUGAAGGAGUUGCUGCCAAUGGUGGAGCCCAAUGACAUUGCUGUGGAUGGCUGGGACAUUAGUGGCUAUCACUUGGGCGACGCCAUGCGGCGUGCCGAGGUGUUGGAUGUCGGCUUGCAGGAUCAACUCUACGAGCAGCUCUCAGCAUUAAAGCCACGUCCAUCCAUCUACGAUCCGGACUUUAUUGCCGCCAAUCAGUCGGAGCGUGCUGACAAUCUCAUCAAAGGCACCAAGCUGGAGCAGUACGAGCAAGUGCGUCGGGAUAUCCGCGACUUCAAGCAACGCAGUGGCGUCGAUACCAUCAUUGUGCUCUGGACAGCGAAUACGGAGCGUUUCUGCGAUGUGAAGCCGGGUCUGAAUGUCACCAGCAAGGAGCUGCUGGCUUCACUGCACGCCAACAAGGCGGAAGUGUCGCCAUCGACCAUCUUUGCCAUGGCCAGUAUUGCCGAAGGCUGCACAUACAUAAAUGGAUCUCCGCAGAAUACAUUUGUGCCAGGUCUGAUUGAGCUGGCGGAGGAGAAGCAGGUUUUUAUAGCCGGUGAUGACUUCAAGUCCGGCCAGACUAAAAUUAAAUCCGUGCUGGUUGACUUUCUGGUUGGCGCUGGCAUCAAGCCCGUUUCCAUUGUCAGUUACAAUCAUCUGGGCAACAACGAUGGCAAGAAUCUCUCAGCUCCACAGCAGUUCCGCUCUAAGGAGAUAUCCAAGAGCAAUGUGGUCGACGACAUGGUUGCCUCAAAUAGUCUGCUGUAUGCCCCCAAUGAGCAUCCCGAUCAUGUGGUCGUCAUCAAGUAUGUCCCGUACGUGGGCGACAGUAAGCGUGCCAUGGACGAGUACACCUCGGAGAUCAUGAUGGGUGGCCACAACACCCUAGUGAUUCACAACACGUGCGAGGACUCAUUGCUGGCCACACCUCUCAUUCUGGAUCUGGUCAUUCUCGGAGAGCUUAGCGCUCGCAUUCAACUGCGCAGCGCCGAACGUGAAGCUGCUCCUUGGGUCCCCUUCAAGCCAGUCCUCUCCCUCUUGAGCUAUCUCACCAAAGCGCCGUUGGUGCCUCGUGGCUCUCAGGUGGUCAACUCGCUCUUCAGUCAGCGUUCCGCAAUUGAGAACAUUUUGCGCGGUUGCAUUGGACUGCCACCCAUAUCGCAUCUGACCCUGGAGCAACGGUUCGAUUUCACCAGCAUUACAAAUGAGCCGCCACAGAAGAAGGUCAAGCUGUUGGGUCAACCUUGUGCCGCGGAGUCCAACUCGAAGAUGCAUGCCAAUGGACACACCAAUGGCACCAAGUUGGCAGCCAAUGGAAAUGGACAUUGAGGACGACUCGGCACGACUGGCAGAUCAGUAUGCCAAGCGCUACGUGAAAAACUAGUAGUUUAUAUACAAAUAAUACAUAUAUGAGUGCAUGUAUUUAUCUGAAUAUAUUUGUAUUUGCUAAAUUACAAACUAGUAUUAUAAGUUACAAUUAUCUAAUAAAAUUCAAACCACCUAAAA